UAAUCGCUCCCACCACAUAAUUUAUUAGUUACUCUUACUUAUAAUAUCACCAAUCACUUAAUAUUUGGCAGUUGAAGCAGUCGCUCUAUAAAAUAUCAGUUGGAAAUUUUCAAUCCAUUCUCAAAGUGAACAUCAAGGUGCUCGUUUAGAACUUUGGUUGUCCAAACAAUAAUUGUAUUUGCAUAGUGUUCACAGCAACGGGCCUUACAUUAUUUUUUAUUGCCCUGAUGUUCUUAGUCUGAGACCAUGGUCGGUGCGGAAAAAACAACGUUUCCUAAGGGGUUCAAAUUUGGCGUUGGAACAGCUUCGUAUCAAAUAGAAGGUGGCUGGAAUGAAGAAGGCAAAGGCGAAAAUAUCUGGGACCGCAUGACCCACUCCAAACCCGAUACUGUCGAGAAGCGACACAAUGGAGACGUCGCUUGUGACUCGUAUCACAAAUACAAGGAUGACAUAAAAAUGCUGGAAGAUCUUGGGGUUGAUUUUUACCGAUUCUCGUUCUCCUGGUCGCGGAUCUUGCCAACGGGAUUCGCAAACAAGAUUAACCCAGACGGAAUUCGGUAUUAUAACAAUUUGAUAGACGGACUGAUUGCUCGAGGAAUCGAACCAAUGGGAACCAUGUUCCACUGGGACCUGCCACAGCCCCUGCAGGAACUCGGAGGCUGGCAAAAUGAAGCACUGGUCGACUAUUUCACGGAUUACGCGAAAGUCUUGUUCGAGAAUUUUGGGGACAGGGUGAAAACUUGGUUCACCUUUAACGAGCCCUGGGUAAUCGCAGCACUGAGUCAUGGCGGAGUUGGCUUAGCACCAGCGACGCACUCGCCUGGCGUUGGAGUUUAUCUCGUCGGCCAAACAAUCCUCAAGUCUCACGCGAGAGCUUACCAUUUGUACCAGGAAAGCUUCAAGAGUAAGCAGGAAGGUCGCCUAUCGAUGGUCAUUCACUGGUUUGGUUACGUGCCGAAAACCGAUUCCCCCGAAGACGUUGCGGUUGCCGAAAAGGCGAAGCAGUUCAAAUUCGGGUGGUUCGCUCAUCCGAUUUUCAGCGCAGAAGGUGACUACCCCAAAGUGAUGAAGGACGCCAUAGCGAAGAAAAGUGCGGAGCAGGGUUUCCCAAGGUCUCGACUUCCGGUACUUGGAAAAUAUUGGGUCGACUUGAUCAGAGGCACCGCUGACUUCAUUGCCGUCAACACGUACACUUCGAUGCUCGCCGUUCCCAAUCCAGAUACCACAGAACCAAGCUGGGUUAACGACUGUGGCGUAAAAUUAACGAAUGAUGGCUUGGGUUGGCCGGAAUCCGUGUGCUUCUGGCACAAAGAGAACGCAGUAGAGUUUGGCAACAUGUUCCGAUGGCUAAGAAACGAGUACGGUGAUCGAGAGAUAAUCGUUACAGAAAAUGGUUGGCCAGAGGAUGGUUCAUCAAAACAUGAAGACUGGGAACGUAUUCGUUACACGCAUCGCUAUCUGGAAGAGCUGCUCACAGCUAUUCAUCGCGACAAGAUAAACAUCACUGGCUACACCCAUUGGAGCCUCAUGGACAAUUUUGAAUGGAUCCAGGGAUACACGAUGCGGUUCGGAUUGUAUUACGUCGACUUCGAAGACCCUUGCAGACCACGCACGAUAAAAAAAUCUGGAGAGUAUUACCGUGAGCUGAUUUCGAAACGACGACUGCCCGAAAAAUUCAACGAGGAGCUUUUCGCCAGCGAUAAGAAAUUCGCCAAGCGAAUAAAUCUAUGCGUCUCGACACACGGAAAAGAAACUUUCUUCUUAUCGUAAUCAGCAUGAUGUUAGAUGGGAAACUGCACUUCACGAAAAAUGUAGAUUCAAGAAAGUGGACUAAUCCGCGAAGAGCUGAAGAGCCGAAAAGAAACCAACAGCGGUAAAGUUGUGCCGCCGUGGUCCAUUCAGCUCUCCAGAGAAAUCUCUCUAAUGCUUUGUAUUCCUCCGGCAUUCCUUCCACCCCGGCUUAAACACUUACUGCCGAGCCGCAUAUGAUGUAUAAUUCAUUGACCCGCGACUUGGAAUAUGCUCCGAGUUCACUAUCUACGGUGAACAUAAAAUAUCAAGGGAAAAAACACCCUCAUCAACUCUGGAAUUCCGCGGAUGAUUCCUGCAGCGAUAUUGUUCAGUUUUGUGUUCGGCGUUACAGACAGAGAUAGCGUGUAAGUGAAUCCCGACAUUUGAAAUGACCUUUAAAACUUGUCGAACUCUCGAGGUUAGUGUAUUUUCGAUUAUGGUUAGUCCAAGGAAUUAUUUUCAAUAAAUUUCUGAGACGAGAUGUAGCGGUCGCUGGAAGCUUACGCCGCAGUGUGAUGAUUGGAUA